GUGUGCACUUGUAAUGACCGUCAAUCGGGGAGGUUCAUAUGAAUACACAACUUCCAACUGUGGAGACACAGCAAACCGUGGAGCUCCACAGUUGCAGAAUCAUUAAAACGAGAUUUAAAUCAGCUUUGGGACAUCUCAGUAGUACCCCAUCAACGUUCGGCUGCGAUUUAACUCCAUCCCCGGUUUCCCACUUUGGAGUCAUAGCUUGCAGCCUGAAUAUGUGUAUUAUUUUCCGAUCUCAAGAAUAAUAUCAAGUGAAGAGCGCCAGCAUGAGGAUACACACUGCACAGUCUGUAUCUUAUUAGAUGCAGCGCAUGCGCAGUGCUGGUGCAGUGCACCUUGCGACGUGCCUGUUAACGUAUAUGGACAUGUCAUGGCGGGAUUAGUACAGCCACAACUGGCAAAAAAUCGGAUUCUCAGAAGUCAAACCAGACAGACAGUUCCAGAUAUUUUUAGUGAAGUUGAUCCUGAAGGAUUUACAGUGAAACAGCUGCCUGACAAAGGUAGAGCAGUCUUUACCACCAAAACGUUUGAAGAGGGAGAAUUCCUUUUGUGGUACAGAGGAGAUCUGGUAACCAGAGAUGUGGGGGAAAGAAGAGAUGCAGACUGUGAAACUUGCUUCAGAUACUUUUUCACAUGGAAAGGGACGAAAUGGUGUAGGGAUGCAUCAGUCGAACCAACUAAACAACAACUGGGACGACUCGUCAACCAUGGUUGGAGGGGUGAAGUCAACAGCAGAAUGAAGAUUAGAGAGAACCCUCACAAUGAACCAGAACUGGUUCUCUUCUCAUUGAAGAAAAUCAAAGAAGGUGAAGAAGUGUUAUAUGAUUAUGGGGUGGGAGAUAAUUUUGUAUUCCCAAGUCCUACUCAAUUACACAGUGGAGUCCAAGAUGAAAAACCUGAAAUUCUGCAAAAUUCUGCAAACCUCCCACCAGACCCAGAAAAAGUUUGUUCACCAUUCUCCGAGCCUGCCACACAAGAACUACUGGAACCAGAUGGAAACUUUUCACAGUCCAAUGUUCGAGCUGAUGAUGAUGAAACAUCUGAAGAUCGAUGCAGAAACCCCCCUAAUAACGAAACAAAUUGGGAACCAUCCCCUAAGCCUGCCACACAAGCUUUAAUGGAAUCAGAUGGUAAGAUUUCACAGUUCAGUGUUUCAGCUGAUAAUGAUGACACAUGUGAUGAUCCAUGCCGGAACCCCUCUAAUAACCAAGAACAUUGGGAACCAUCCCCUGAGCCUGCCACACAAGCGUUAAUGGAAUCAGAUGGAAAGCUCUCCCAGUUUGAUGUUCCAGUUGAUAAUGAUGACACAUGUGAUGAUCCAUGCAUAAACCCCCCUAAUAACCAAGUGCAUUGGGAAUCAUUUACUGAGCUUGCCACACAACCUUUAAUAGAACCAGAUGGAAACCUUCCACUCUCCAAUGUUCUAACUGAUGAUGCUGAAACAUCUGAUGAUCUAUGCAGAAACCCCCCUAAUAACGAAACAAAUUGGGAACCAUCCCCUGAGCCUGCCACACAAGCUUUAAUGGAAUCAGAUGGAAAGAUUUCACAGUUUAAUGUUUCAGCUGAUAAUGAUGACACAUGUGAUGAUCCAUGCAUAAACCCCCCUAAUAACCAAGUGCAUUGGGAACCAUUUACUGAGCUUGCCACACAACCUUUAAUGGAACCAGAUGGAAACCUUUCACUGUCCAAUUUUCUUGCUGAUAAUGAUGACACAUCUGAUGAUCUAUGCAGAAACCCCCCUAAUAACCGAGAGCACUGGGAACCAUUCCCUGAGCCUGCCACACAAGCAUUGAUGGUACCAGAUGGAACCCUUUCACAAAAUAUUUUUUCAAGUGAUAAUGAGGACACAUUAUCUGACCAUAAUGAUGAUAGUGAUGAUGAUCCAGACUAUGUCUGUGAUUCUCAAGGAGAUUCUGACUCUUCAGGGAAGACUUCAUUAAAUAAUUCUCAAGCAUCAUUGCCUAAGGCUAAAUGUACAUCAAUAAAUGGCAUCACUCGAUCACUGAAAUCUCUGUCAUCAGAUCAGUCAUUGGAGGCAUCAUCAAGAUAUGGAGGCAUUGAUGCUGACCAUGAGGGGAUAACUGUGAUGAAGACCAACAAUCAAGGAGGGCGAAAAUAUGACAAGGUAGCUUAUUGCAUGAUGUGUGAGAAGCCCCACAAAAAACUUCCUGAUCACCUGCGGUCACAACAUUCCAAUGAAAUAAAGGUGGCUCAAUACAUGGCAGCAACGAAUCGAAAAGAAAAGGAUAAGCUAUUGACAUUGAUAAGAAAUAAAGGAAAUCACAUGCACAACUACAGGGUCUUCGAAAAGGGUCAUGGAGAGCUUGUGGUCGUAUAUAGACCUUCUUGUGAAGCAAAGCCCCGUGAUUAUCAGCCUUGCAAAGAUUGUUUGGGAUGGUUUGCGAAAGCCGAAUUGUGGAAACACCGCUGCAUUUUGAAGCAAGAAGAGCCGGCUAAGGAGCAAAAGAAAAAACGAAGAAGACUAUUAGCACAAGGUCGACUCUUGCUUCCACCAGUGCCCUGCACAUCAAGAGAUUCUAUAACACACAAAGUACUGAGUGGUCUCAGCGAUGAUGAAAUCAAGGCCUGCAUUCUAAAUGAUCAGUUGAUUCUAGAAUUGGCCAAGGUGUACUCUAAGAAAUUGGGCCAUGACGAAGAACAGCACAACCACAUCAGAUGCAAGUUACGAGAACUAGGAAGACUUGUACUUCAGUUCAGACGUUGCAGCUGCAAUGGCAAGGCAAGUCUGACUUCCCUGAUAUCACCAAAUGGUUUUAUGACUGUCUUGAGUGCUGUCAAGAAAGUGGCAGGCUUUGAUGAGGAGAACCACUUGUUCAAUACACCAAGUCUAGCACUUAAGCUGGGACAUACCUUAAGAAAGGCUGCCUUUGUGCUCCUGAGUAAGGCUUUGAUGGACAGAGAUGGGGAUGACAUGCAGAAACUUGUAGAAAAGUUCAUCAAGCUGCUGGACACUUGUUGGGGAUCUGAAAUCUCUACUCAUGCUCUACGAACUUUGUACCAGAGGAAACGAAACCAGCCCAAACUCCUACCCCUAACGAGUGAUGUUGUGGCUUUGUCAAGACACCUAGAGGUACAGGCUGAACUUUGUGUAGACAAACUGUCAUCUGGGACCGCAAUCGAAAACCAUAGCACAUGGAGAGAACUCAACAAGACCAUGCUGGCUCAUCUCAUUGUGUUUAAUAGGAGGAGACAAGGGGAAAUCAGCAAGAUGACUCUUGAUGACUACAAUAAAAUCAAGAAAGGUGAAUCUCAUAUGGUGGAAGGACAACUAGAGAUGCUGAAAGACUGGGAAAAAAAUCUUGUAAAGUUUCUCUGGAGAGUUGAGGUAGUAGGAAAACGUGGCAGGACAGUGCCGAUCCUUGUGACAGACUCCAUGAAAUCAUGUGUAGACACCCUUGUAUCCCACAGGGAGGAAGCAGGUGUAAACCCAAGCAACAAAUACCUGUUCGCUGUAGCCAAUAGUGACACUACAUCUCAUGUUCGAGGGUCAGAUGCUCUCCGUGAGCUGUCAGAAGCAUGUGGAGCACAAAAUCCUUCAACACUUCGAUCCACAAAAUUACGGAAGCAUGUAGCUACCAUGUCACAACUAAUGAGCUUGAGGGACCAUGAGAUGGACGCCUUAGCAAACUUCAUGGGCCACGAUAUUAGGAUACAUAGGGAGUAUUAUAGACUGCCAGAUGCUGCUAUGCAGGUGGCCAAAAUAUCAAAGAUCCUGUUCGCCAUGGAGGGAAAAGCUGGGAACCCGGUCCAGCUGAUUGGCACUGCAAAAAGUCUGGAUGAGCUUCAAAUCAACUUAGAUGAAGGUAAAUUUGUGAUGAGGGUAGAAUUAUACAGUGGGGAUCUCAAUUCAAACCCUAAUGAGAUGAGAAACAUCAUGGCGAGGGAUGAGUGGGAUGAAUAA